UUUAAGAAGCAGGGUUGACCUCUGAAAAUGGCAGCCACGCGGUUUUCGUUGCGUAGUUUGCAGCAACUUUCUCAAUCAAAAUGUAUACUUUCAGCCGAUGAAUUCUCUCAGAUUUUCUGCAAACGUUAUUUAAAAACAUCUCCUGUUUAUGCUAAUAGAAUUUUAAUAAAUCGUGUUCACAAUGUUGCAAUAAAUCAAAGAAUUGUAGUACUGACACCAAUCAGUUCGUUCUGUUUGGAUAUAUGGGGACAGAGGAGUUUUCACACUUCAAGACAUUUAGAAUCUAAAGAUUUUUACAAGAUCCUUGGAGUUCCAAGAAAUGCUUCUACAAAAGAAAUAAAAAAAGCGUAUUAUGAGCUUGCCAAAAAGUAUCAUCCUGAUAAAAAUAAAGGAGACCAGACCGCCGCCACAAAGUUCGCAGAGGCCGCGGAGGCAUAUGAGGUUUUGGGUGAUAAAACAAAAAGGCAGGAGUAUGACACAAUGGGAACAACAGGAUUUGGAGGUGGUGGCGGUUUCCAGGGAAUGCACGGUACAAACAUUGAUCCAGAAGAAUUAUUCCGUACCGUCUUCGGUGGGAAAGGUGGCUUUAGUAACAUCUUUGAGGGAGCAGGGUUUGGGGGCAUAGAUAAUACGAGGGAGUAUAUGAUGGAUCUAACAUUUAGCGAGUCAGCCCGCGGUGUCAACAAAGAGAUUGAGAUUAAAAUUGAUGAUGUAUGCGAGCGGUGUAAUGGAGCAAGGGCGGAACCGGGUACAAAGACAACACGGUGCCACAGAUGUCAAGGCACAGGCAUGGAAACAAUUAACACUGGUCCCUUCAUGAUGAGAUCAACAUGUCGGCAGUGUCGAGGUCAAGGCACAAUCAUUAAUGUCCCAUGUAUCUUGUGUAAAGGCUCGGGGCAGACGAUGCAAAAGAAGAAAGUAGUUGUUCCCGUUCCAGCAGGUGUUGAGAAUGGACAGACAGUCCGGUUACCCGUAGGAAGUCGUGAAAUCUUUAUUACGUUUCGUGUUGCUCGUAGCAAUACAUUUAGGAGAGAUGGUGCCGAUGUGCAUUCAGACGUCUCAGUAACAUACACACAAGCAGCUCUAGGGGGCAGUCUUCGGGUCAAAGGACUAUAUGAUAGUAUCCAUUUAAAUAUACCCGCUGGCACGCAGUCACACACACGUAUACGACUGCCUGGCAAAGGCAUUCAACGCAUGAACGGCUACGGCAAUGGCGACCACUAUGUGCAUAUUAAGAUCAAAGUUCCAACGAAACUUACAGAUAAACAGAAGGGACUUUUGCUGUCAUUUGCGGAGGAGGAAGAGGAUGUAGUUGGAACGGUAAAUGGAAUUAGCAAAACACAAGAUGGCAAGAAAAUUGCCGUUGAUGAUGCCACCGGCAUUGUGAAUGGUAUUCGUUACAUCUUGAACCAUAAAAAUCCAGACACCACAGAUACAGAAAAUGAAAUACAUGAUACAGUUACUAAAAAGGUUGCAGAGGAUAUUACAGAAGAGGAGAACGACACAAAGAAAGAAGACAGAACUUAAAGAAUAAAUAAUUUAUUAUAAUAUAUAUUAUAACUAACUAAACCUUAAGAAAAACACUACAUACCAUAUCACACUUUGUUAAAUGUGACACAUCUGGGUACAUAAAUAGUGCAUAUAUAAAGUCACAUGUUGAUUAUCUGCAUUAUGUUUCACAUUUGUCAUCAUUGAUCAAAAAUAGGCUUCUUAAAAUCUGCAUAUAUACUUGCCUAUUGUAACUGAAAGCAGCGUGGACUAAAACACGGUAACUCUCUCAUGAUUGUUAAUAAUUCAAAAUGGAGUGUGAAUUACAGAAAAUUACCAUUAGUUGAUUCUCAUAUUUAAAUGAAUAAUAAAGGCAAUGUAUAACGUUAUCAACAGUA